AUGGCAAAUACAGAAUGGCGAAAUCAAACACCCAUCACAGAAUUUAUCCUUCUGGAAUUUGGGGAUCUCCAGAAACUGCAGUUUCCUCUCUUCCUGCUGUUUCUAGUGAUCUACAUUGUGACCAUGGCUGGGAACCUCACCAUUGUUGUGCUAGUUGUGAUUGAUCGGCACCUUCACACCCCCAUGUACUUCUUCCUGGGGAACUUGUCCUGCUUGGAGACCUGCUACAGCUCCACCAUCAUGCCCAGGAUGCUGGUCAGUCUCUGGGCUAAGGACAGAACCAUUUCUGUUAGCAGCUGCAUCAUGCAGUUUUACUUCUUUGGUUGCCUGGCUGGUACCGAGUGUUUCCUCUUAUCUGUAAUGUCUUAUGAUCGGUAUUUAGCCAUAUGUAAUCCACUGCGCUAUGCAGCUAUAAUGAACACCAGGGCUUGUAUCCAGAUGGCCGCAGGGUGCUGGAUAAGCAGCUUUGCCAUCAACAGCAUCAUUGUCUAUUUGAUUUUCCAGUUAGUGUUCUGUGGUCCUAAGGAAAUUGACCAUUUCUUUUGUGAUUUCACCCCACUGAUCAAACUCUCCUGCAGUGAUACCCACUUACUCACCCUAGCUGAUUUCUCAUUCUCUACCAUAUGUGCCCUACCCCCAUUUCUAUUAACGCUGGCAUCCUAUGUUUGUAUCAUCAUCACUAUCCUGAGAAUCCCUUCCACCACCGGGCAGCAAAAGGCAUUUUCCACCUGCUCCUCCCACCUCAUUGUUGUUACCACUUUCUUUGGCACCCUGAUAAUUAUCUAUAUGGUGCCACCCGACAACACUCCAAUAGAUUUAAAGAAAAUUUUCUCUGUCUUCUACACUGUUCUAACCCCAUUGGUCAAUCCCCUCAUAUAUAGUUUCAGAAACAAAGAAGUAAACAUUUCCCUGAGGAACUCUGUCAGGAAAUUUGUUGCCUAUAUGAGGAGGCAAAAAAAAAUUACUAGAUUAAGUGUUAGGUUCAAAUGA